AUCACGUGACACCAUGUCCUGAUCCGUAGUACCAAUUGCUUGCCUCAUCUCUGGACGUCGGCAUGGAAAAGGUAAAGAAAUCUCCCCACACGAACGGCAAUCUUUGUUGCAUCAGCCGGCUGAUACAUUUGUGCCCACUGGAAGCAAAGCGUGCCAAGAAACAAGCAACCCUGCCUAAAUGAUGUGUAGUACGUCCCUGUCGCCUUACACAAUCAUGCUCAUAUUAUUGCUUCAUAUCACUUCUCGUCCUCUCACAAAUACAAGACAGCCAAGGGCUUCUUGUGGCAUUCAAAGCGCCCUGCAAGCAGCGCUGCACCUUAUGGAGGCAGAGGUUGCCAAGGAGAGAGGACGGACCUGGCUAAACCUAAACGGCGGCGGCGGCGGCAAUGGUCACCGUGGUCACAGCGGCGGCGGGGCCAGCGCCGCGCCGGUCGAGCUCAACCUCCUGGCGGGGAUGGUCAGCACGGCAGGCGCCCGCCCGAACACCGUGCGCGCCGCGGCGGAGAUGCCCGUGGUCGUCCUGCCAGACGUGGCGCGGUCGGUGGCGGUGGCGGUGGCCGAGCCCGACGAGCCGCCGCAGCUGUUCGCGUGCCACUACUGCCGGCGCCAGUUCUACAGCUCGCAGGCGCUCGGCGGGCACCAGAACGCGCACAAGCGCGAGCGCACGCUGGCCAGGCACCGCGCCGACGCGGACCAGCUCGUGCUCGCCCACCACGCGCACGCGCCGUUCGCCGUCCACGGCGCCUUCAUGCGGCGGCAGGCUGCAGCUGCGCCGGCGCUGGAGUGGAUGCGCCCGCCGAGCGGCCGGCCUCCACCGGCGGCGGUGGCCGCCGGCGAUCGGCGGUUGACUGGCGGGUACGUUGACAGCCCAGGGGGCGGACAGGAAGAGCUGCCUAAGCUUGAUUUGACACUGAAGCUGUGAGGCUCUGCCUACCCUGAGGGUACUGGUAUAUGCGUAUAGAAUUUUUUUUCUUGCUAGCUCUGCCAUUUCAUCUUCUUUUCACCGCCUUCCUUGUACAUAACUUGGAAUAUGAAACGUUUUGAUCACUGUAAAGUGCACUGAUUAGUGCCUCAUCAAGUUUGUUUUAGAUUUGGUCUA